GGAAAUAACAAGAGGAGAAGAGUAAACAAAUACAAACCAAGUCUGAUAGCUAAUAUAAAUAUCAAGUCUAUAUUAGAAUUAGAUAUCUUAAACAUCUUAUAUAACGAUAAUCUCAGGCAUGAAAUAAUACACUCAAAGAGUUUACAAUUUAAGAGCUUAAAUAAUAGUAAAAAGAGUGAUUUAUAUUGGAAAGCUAUCGAAUAUGAAUUAGAAUUCGAUUGUAGUUGCUUGGUUUUCGAUGAUAAAGGCCAGGGUUCUAUCGUAGAAUGUAAAUGCCAUAACGGGGUGCAGCCAAAGAGAAUACCAAUAAUGAUUAGAAAUAUAAGGGAUAUUCUCAUAAACCUCCUGGAAAAGUCAAAUAAGGCAGAUUCAGAUAGGGUUAAUGAAUUGACGAACGAGCUAUUAGAUGAUAAACUCACAUUAUCUCAAUUGUUCAAAUCUUUAAGUGCAAUUUUAAAGAAACAUUGCGCACCUAUUAGAGAUAGCCUGAUCGAUAGAUUUUUAUCAACCUCUUUUGAUAAUCUAACUCAGUCUUUGGAAUUGUUUCUGACUUUAUUAGAACAGAUGAAAAUUGACAUACUCAAUCAUCAAUUGAUUGCUCAUCGUCAACUUAUCCUACAAUCGGCUAUUGAAAUUGAGUUCCAAUACUUUGAAAUGAGAAGGCAAAGCGAUGAAUUAUCGAUCGAAAACACCAUUAACUGCUUAUCUAUCUCGAAAGGUAACACAAUUAGAGAAACCUUCUUCUUGAAUGUCUUACAACAGCUUCAAUCGAACGGACAACUUCCUGAAACUCUUCUUUUAGAUAAAUCAAAGCUAGAUAACUCUCAUCAACAGAUUCAAGACCUCACUUUGAUAUCUCUAUUGUUAUUACUUGCCAGACAGACACUCAAUGGUUUCAACUCAUCUUCUCUCAAACAAUUCACCGUAAAUGAACUUCAAGAGCUGAAGUCUGAGUUAUUUGUUAUUUUAAACAAUGGUAAAAUACCCUCUCCUUUAUUUAAAACUCAACAAAAUAACAAAGGCUUAACUUUCAAGGUUGUUGAUCUGAUUCAAUCUAGUAGCAAUCAGUCAACUUUAUUCAGUCAGUUGUCUGACAAAACAAUCUUAAUGGCUUUAACUCAUAUUACAAGAGCUGUUAAUAAGAAAUUAGGUUAUAUAGAUUCUUCACCUUCGACUGAACUUCUACAAAGGUUGAAAGAUUGGUUUGAUUUGCAUUAUAAUAAGCAAUCAAACGUAUAUCAUCUAAUAAGGAAGCGUUUAUAUGAUAACCUUACCCAACAAAUAUUAGAAGGCUUCACAACUAUAUCCUCCAAUCUUAACGAACCAUGCGUAAUUGAUAUUUUGACAAUAUCCAAGAGAUUAUCAAAUAUUUUAGACUUUAAUUACAAGACUUUUGAAGGACUUUACGCGAAAUUAUUAAACACUUCAAUUACAUCUGACAUUGCAUCUUCACAUAAACACAAACAGAUAACCAAAUCUCAAGCGCAGGGCGAAGGAGAUAAUGAUACAGACAACAAUAAGCUUCCAUUCCAUAAGAAUGAAGCUAGCAUCAUACCCACCUAACGACAUUAUAUGCAAGGACUUACGGACACAUAUGGACUCUUUUCAUACCUUUUAUUCUUUUAUUUGUACAAUCACU